AUGGACAAUGAGCAUAUACCUGUGGAAGGAGAUGAUGCAACUAAAGGAGCCACUGGAGCACCGAACAAGGUCAAGAAGCAUCAUUGCGGGAUGCUUUUGGACGUCGAAUUCUUCAAGAAGCAGGCCCAAGAUAAGGAUUUGGCGGUCAAAAUCAUAAACUCUUUGGAAGAGUGUGGUCUACUAAGGGUAUGCAAUUUCAAUUACGUAGGUUUCUUUGAAGAUGAAGUGACCCCAUUUUAUAUGAAUGCUAAGAUUGAUAGUACUGGUUUGGUCAUCUCCAAAGUAGGAGAAAGUGAUGUGGUUAUUAAUGUUGAUGAUAGAAGGAGAAUUUAUAACUUUCAAAAGUUUGCGAUGCCUCCUCGUCAACGUGCGCGUACUCCGGAGGCUCUGACGAAUGAGCAGAUUGCCCAGAACCUACAACAGUUGACCCAGACUAUGCAGACUCUUAGUGAGGCGUUGCUGAACAAUAACCAUCCCGUGCCACCUCCUCAGCCUGUCGGGCAUAGGGACAUGGGGCGUCUCGUGUCGGGUCACAGACCACCGACCUUCGCGGGUGAAGAAGACCCGGUUGUCUUAGAGGAGUGGAUGAGAACGUUUGAUAAGAUCUUCUCGGUUGUUGGUUGUCCGGAAGAGCGGAGGGUAGAGCUGGCGAUGUUCUACUUCAGUCAUGAGGCCGAUCUAUGGUGGAUACACGAGGGUCCAGCCUGCCUCGAGGAGCCCGAGUUUGAUUGGUCUGCCCUGAAAGAUCGGAUGCGUGAGAGGUUUUAUCCGGCGCAUGUGCGAGCCGCGAUGUAUGAGGAAUUCCUUCAUCUUCAGCAAGGAUCUCUAUCGGUGGUCGAGUACCACAAGAAGUUUCUAGAGCUUGCGCGCUUCGCCCGAAUGUUUGUGCCUACCGAGCUCGCCAAAGUUGAGAAGUUCGUUGCUGGCUUGAAUUAUGAGGCACGAAAGGCCUUAACCGUGAGUAGGCCGAGUUCUUUGAAGGAUGCAUAUGUGAGUGCCGCGGAUUUGUAUCGCGUUCAGCAGCUGCAGCGUGGAUCCUUUGAGUUUGCAAGAAAGAGGACUGAGAGUGGAAGCUCUUCCAACUAUAAGAAGCAGCGACCAAGCUUCCAAACUAGGAAUGCAUCAUCUCCAACCCAAGGGCCCAAUCGAGCGGAGCAUGGACAUCAAGUCAAGACGUUUGCAUGCCGUAGGUGUGGGAAGGUGCAUGCGGGUCAGGAUUGUCAUGGUCAAGCGUUCCGGUGUUUUCGUUGCGGAGAUAGGGGUCACAAGGUCGCCGAGUGUCCUCAGCAAGCCAAUCAAAGGGCGUUGCCACCACCCCAGGAGCCGGAGGAGCAGUAG